GCUGCAGGCGUUUUAUGCCCACCUCUUCCGGCAGGCGGGCCGGCUCGACCGACUCGCGAUCUUUUCGGGCUGCUCGUCUAUCGCGGCCGACACGCUCACUCUCCACAUCUUUCCUCGAAAAUGAGCGCCGACAUCGCCCUCGAAAGGCUCGGCCUAUCCGAUCUUCCGUCCCUUAGCGAGUCGCCCUACGCCUCAGCGCCGGGCCCCUCGAUACCCCAGACGCCGGUCGAGGAGAGCGGGCGGUCGACACCCAAGGCCGCACGGGACGAGAUCGAGCCGCCGUCCUCGCCCGUAACGGACCGCGAGGUGACGCCGCUGGCACAGGCCGACAGCGGACGCGAGGCUUGGCUCUUCCUCAUCGCCGGGACGGUGAUUGAGACGACGGUGUGGGGCCUCCUGAACGCUGUGGGCGUGCUCGAGCACUACUGGGCCGAGGAGCUGUUUCCGGGGCAACACGACACGGUCACGGUCGCGAGUGCGCUCAUGAACGGGUUGUCCUAUCUCGGCGUCGGGUUCUUCGGGCCACUGCUCACAAGCUUCCCACAAUGGAGCAAGGGCGUGCAGAUCCUUGGGCUGGUCGUCUCCACGGCAGGGCUGAUAGGCGCGGCAUUUGCCAACAGCCCCACGCAGCUUAUUGGGACAAUUGGUGUCCUCUUUCCGUUCUCAGCGGCUCUCUACCUCCCGUGCGCGACCCUAGUCUACGAGUGGUUCUACGAGAAGCGGGGCCUCGCGACCGGCAUCAUGUUCGCGGGGACGGGGGUCGGCGGCACUGUCUUCCCCUUCGUGCUCGACGGCCUCCUUAAGCGCUUUGGGUACAAGGCGACGAUGAUCGCGUUCGGCGUGGGCUAUGCGGCGCUCAAUGCCGUCUCACUCAUUUUCAUCCGACGCCGCGUGCCGCUGGGCGGCGCGGUCAUCCGACGCCGCCCCAAGGUCGAGUGGCGCCUGCUCGCGACAUGGACGUUCGCGUGCGGCUUCCUCGUUAUCUUCCUCUCCAGCCUGGGUAACUUUAACCCCACCCUGUGGAUCCCCACCUUUGCGGACAAGGUCGGCGCGGACAAGCCUGGUGGCGUCGCCCUCGUGGCCAUCAUGAACGCCGCGUCGGUCCCCGGCAACCUUGUCUUGGGCUGGGUGUCUGACCGCCUCCCGACCAAGGUCAUGAUCAUGAUCGUGUGUUUCGGCGGUGCGAUUGGCGUCCUUCUUCCUUGGGGUUUCGGGACAACGUCCGGCCCACUCGUCGUCUUCGCCCUCAUUUGGGGUCUUACGGCGCUCAGCAUGCCAGGCAUCUGGAGCCGCAUUAUCACUCCCAUCUGCCGGGACGAUCCUACGCUCCCCGGGCUCGUGUUCAGCAUUUUCGCCAGCUUGCGUGGCGUGGGGAACGUCACCGCGGGACCCAUUAGCAGCAAGCUCCUCAAGGUGGAUGCGUUCAAGGGAGCGGCGGGGGCGUAUGGUACGAACUUUGGCGCGGUGUUGGUGUACACCGCGGUGACGACGUUUGCAGGCGGCAUUUUCGGAGCGUUGUUCCCCGCUUGAGCGGAGCGGCUACAAUUGGCAGCCUGGGGGCAUUUCAAGAUAGGA